CGCCUAGUUGAAAUGGGGAGGGAGGAGACUGAAAGAGGCAGGCGGGACCUGUCAGCACAAAAUAAGAGGAGCUCGCACUGUUACCAGCAGUGGGGAAGAUGAGAGAAGAGAAUUUUUAACAGUACACAGAUUUUAAAGUGGCAGAGAGCAAGACGCACUUGAAAGUGGUGCAUCAAUGUCCUCAAAUGGACACCGUACUGGGGCUCAGCCUGCGGCAGCAGUGUAACGUGGCACUCAAUGUACCUGUGCAGCUGCAUUUAUAGCAUACACAAAACAGUUCCCCACCUGCCUGCUACAAGCCGCACACAGCUGCGCCAAUGGGGAGCUUCUUCAGUGUAGCCGACUUCAAGGAGCCCACUACAAUAGAAGACUGUGACUCCACAUGGGAUACCGACUCCGGGGGCGAAGAGGAGCAGCCAGAAGCGGAUCAUGAGGAGGACGAGAGAGAGAAGGCAGAGAAGAGAGAAGAUGAUAAUGAAGGAGAAGUCAUCAAGCAGGAAGAGACCAAUGAAGGCUGUGAUGAGGAGACAACAGCCGAAAGUGUCAUAGCAGAAGGGAAGGCAGCGGUCCCUAACUCAGAGCAGGGUGACAGCAGCACCGCGGAACAGAACAUCAAACCAAAGAGAAGCUUUUAUGCAGCAAGGGAUUUAUUCAAGUAUCGACACCAAUAUCCACAGAAUUUUAAGGAUCUUCGCUCUCCAAAUGACCUGUGCAAUCUGAGAUUUUACAUGAAUAAGAUCCCUUUCAAACCAGAUGGCGUUAAUAUUGAAGAGAUUUUAAAUAAGUGGAAAGGUGACUAUGAAAAGCUGGAACAUAAUCACACCUACAUACAAUGGCUUUUUCCUUUAAGAGAGCAAGGCUUGAAUUUCUAUGCUAAAGAGCUGACUUCGUAUGAAAUUGAGGAAUUCAAAAAAACUAAGGAAGCAAUUAAGAGAUUCCUCUUGGCCUACAAGAUGAUGCUGGAUUUUUUUGGGAUCAAAUUGAUUGAUAAAAAUGGAAAUGUUUUACGGGCACCAAACUGGCAAGAGAGGUUUCAACACUUAAAUGAAUCGCAGCACAACUAUUUAAGAAUUACCCGGAUUUUGAAAAGUCUCGGAGAGCUUGGUUAUGAAAACUUUAAGCCGCCACUAAUAAAGCUCUUUCUUCAGGAGUCUGUUGUUGCCAAUACAAUUCCAAAUAUGAAGCAAAGUGCACUGGAGUAUUUUGUAUACACCAUUAAAGACAGAAGACAAAGGAGAAAACUUUUACGUUUUGCCUGCUUUCAUUAUAAGCCGCCUGAACACUUUAUUUGGGGACCACCAAAUAAAGAGAAGGCAGAUGAAAACAAAGCUGUUAAAAAGACAAACAUGCCAAGCUCCCAGAAAAAACACCUCCACGUAGAAAAGAAAUUGAGGCAUGCCAAAAGCAUCAAAGCCCCAGAGAGUCCAGCAGUUCAGCGGGCUGUAGAAAAUGGAACAGAAACCAUGCAAACUGAAGAAAUUAACAGACAGGCAACAGCUGAAGUUAUUUCUGUCAAUGAAAUAGAAGUUUGUGAUGAUGGAACAGUUACAACUGAGAACAAUAGCUGUACAACAGAAGAAACAGAAGCGUGUGAUGAUGGAACAGUUACAUCUGGUGACAAUUGCACUAAAUCAGAGGAAACCGACUCUGGCAAUGGUGAAACAAGGUCUCUGCACACAGAACAUGACUUGAAAAGACCUGAAGCUGCCAGUGAAACAUGCUGUACAAACAACAUUGUAAUAGUAGAGUCUACAGAGGAAGAAAGCAAAGACUGUUUAUGCAGCCUAUCGCCUGUUACAUCAAACAGUGAUGUGACUGAACUUCAAGUAGAAGGCAAGGGAACUUUAGACCUUUUACCAAAUGAUUUAGCCAAAUAAAAGCUCCAAAAAUCUCUAUCCGCGAUGUAAGGUGGUAUUUAUUGAUGGCCUUAAGUGAAUCUCUAUGAAUACAGUUCAUUUUCUGCCUAUGUUAUUGGGACUGUGCCAGAUCUGUAGACUUCUAAGUAGUCUAACAUUACAUAAUGAAGUAGCCCUGGCUCAGUGAAGCAAGUGGUUGCAUGGUCCUUAUAUAGGCACCAGUUUGGCACACAGCAAAAUAAAAUAGGUUGGACAUUAUCUUCCAGAACAUGAUAACUUCUAUUCAGACAUAUCUGUUUGGGGUCGGUGCUCAGAGUUAGAGGAUACAUCACAUGAAGCAAGCAAGAUUUCCUUUCCUUGCAAGAAAAUAAUUAGUAUCUGAAAUAUAUUUUUUCUGAAUUCAUAUAUGGUUUUUGUACUUGUGUGAUAUAUGCUACAAGAAUUCUAAUUAUUUUUUUAUACUUAUUAGAUAAAAGCGUCUCUCCAAGUCAUCAUAAUCUCUUUGUAAUUAGGUAAAACUGACUAGGAAGUGGUCCUUUCUGCUUUCUGAAUGUGAAGCUACUGUAUGCUAGGGAUUAAUUAAACAACCACAGAAUGCA